AUGCGUUGGAUUGUAUGCAUUUUGGCUGCUCUGGCCGUCGCACAGGCUGACUGGGACGGAACCAACAUCCCGAACCCAACAACGACCAAUUUUAGAGAGUUAGUUCGAUAAAUCCUCGCUCCUUGACUAGAGCCCAUUUUCAAGGUGUCGAAUGACUGGUGUCUCCAACAUUUGCGACCCGGACGGUAUGGUUUCGGAUCAGGCUCGUGUUCAGCUCGACUCCGAGUUGAAGCAAUUUGAAAGCCGCACGCGGAAUGUUCGUUUUUAAAAAUUUUUCUCAAAACAACUUGAAUUAAAAACUUAGAUUACAGCAGUUCAAGAGAGAGAAAAUUUAGGAGUCCGGCGAAACUUUCUGCGAGAAACGAGGAGUCACCGCCGGCCUCGCCAUCGUCCGAAACGUCCGUGGACGAACUGUAGAGGUUCAUCAUUGAAAUCUCAUCGAAAUAAGAUAAAAUAGAACUUACAGGCUCAACAACAAAUGGCCAACGACAUGCUGGCUCGUUGGGCUCUGGACAACCAAUGCCGCAAGGCUAUCGCUAUGGUUGUAAGUUUAAAUAUUUUUUCUUUCAAAGUUGAAGAAAAAAAAUUCUAAAAACCAAUUUUUCAGCUCUCCACCGACGAUCAGAGAUUGACGGUGGCUCGUGAAGAAAACGUGCCAGUUACCGGCGCCGAGUUCACUCAAAUAAUCGACCGUCAGGUAUAAUUUCAGGAAAAUUCGAAAACCGAAACUUUUCUUUUCAGAUCCCUCUCUUCCAGAAGCUUCAGUUCGUUCCAGCUCUUAACAAUGUUCUUCGCGACUCACGGUGAGUGCUUCCGGGCUCAAAAUAAUGAAGCCACUAUCAAGGCUGAGGCCAUUCGAAGAAUCUUUCACAAAGUUCGAAAACUUGGAAACUUAACCGAAGAGCCUUCAGAAACCUAGCAAAGAUACUUCGAGUAAUUUGAGACACUGAAAUUCUGGACUUUUAAGACCAUUUUUGAAAUAAGCGUCUAGUGUACCCAUUCAGAAGUCCCACUGUGAGCUGAGAACAUUCCAAACUAAGUCCAGCUGAAAGUAAUCGUUUCAGGGCCAAGGCCUACGAGAAGAACCGCCUUCCAGCCGUCAUCCGAGUCUACCACCGCAACGCAACCGUCGUCGGAGUCACCACCUACGGUAGUUCCUAUUAGUCGCCUCAUCCAAUAUGUGUUAUCUACAGAGCCAGAACCGGCGAGAUGGCACUUCAUUGACUAUUUGUGGCCCCUUCUCCUGCUCCUCCUGCUGCUCAGUCUGUUGCUCUGCGGCCUCGCCUACUUCUUCAAGCGCCGUCAGGCUAGCAAGAGCCGAGGUAAAUGAAAGUUAAUGAACCAAAACUUAACAUGUUCAUUUACAGCCCCGGUGGUGCACAAAGACGUCAGAGUUGUCACUACGCGCACCCAUGGUUUGUUUUUUUUUCUCAAUAGGAAAUCUAGAUCUCGAAAGGUUCAAUAGCCUAAUCAAAGCCAACAUCAGCUAUUUAUCGCCAACAUUCUUGCAGAAACACCGGUAGUGGUCACUGAAGUGAAGAGGACGCCCCUUGUCUCCACCUACGCCGUCGACGAAACCCACCGACCCAUCAACGCCCAAAAUGACAACACUCACUGGACGACCCGCUAG